AUGUUAAGUGGGGUGGAUUUCCACACUUUGGAAGAAGUGCUGGUGCGUGGGUUGAGUCAGAUUAAAUCUAUCGGCAAGGUAGAACUGACAGCCAGAAGGUGCGGUAAAGAAGUGGAAUCCAGCUGGGUGUUGGUUCGUACGAGUGCUGACAUCAUGACGUUGGAACUGCCAGUGACGGUCAGCGUCCCGGGGGAGGUGGGGCCGUGGGGCCUCCACACCCUCCCGGAGGACGAAUGUGAGGAGACACCAGAGGAGGAGUUAGAUGAGACACCAGGAAAGAUGCCAUUAGCCAGUGAUGGAGGGUUGAAGGAAUUUGCGAGGGAACAAGUUCUCGGGGUAAUGAGGGAAGAGGAGCAAGAGGGGUCAGAGUGGGAAGGAUUGGUCAGGCCCCGUCCCCCAGCUAGAGGUGAGACCUCUGAGUUGGCAAUCGCCAUGACAUUCCUGGUGAGAAGGGCCGAGGGGCCCCGCCCACUGAGAAUUUUCUCAGGAACCAUGCCCACCCUGGAAGGGGAGGACGAUUAUGAGACAUGGAUCGAAAACACGUCCCAGUUGUUAGGGGACUGGCCAGGCUCGGAUGAGGAAAAGAGACAGAGAUUGGUGGAAAGUUUGCGGGGAGUGGCGGCUGGUGUCGUCCGGGGGCUGAAAGCUGAACAGCCCUCGACUUCCCUGGCGGAGUAUCUGGAAGCUUUGGAGGGUGCGUUUGGAUUGAUGGGAGGUUCCUGGAAGCUCUUAGGAGAGCUUCAAAACAUGCGGCAGGGAAGAGGGGAAAAGCUCUCAGAAUACAUUUUUCGGCUGGAGGUAAUGCUUAAUGGGUUGUGGUGCCGAGGGGUAGUGAAGGCGGACGAGGUGGCGAGGUGGAUGAAUCAGAUAUCUAGGGGUUCCCUGGGGGAGGACCAGGUGGCUUUGAGUCUCUGGCAGUCCUAUAAAAGGAGCCCCCCUCCAUCAUUCAGUCAGCUGAUUAGAGAGGUACGGGAGGAUGAGAGCGCGUUGGGCAGGAAAGAGGAUUCUGGCAGCCGGGGACGACCCUCAGCGGUACAGGAGGUGGUGGCAGGGUUGAGAGCUGAGCGACCCAAGAGGUCCCAGGUGGAUCCGGUGGAAACAGGUGGCACUGCCCUUCUGGUGGGGACUAACUCCCCUCCUGUGCGGCGGCUCCUGGGAGCCUGUAAGGAGAAGGUGGAGGAGAACUUUCUGGAGACCCUCUCGGUACAUCCAGUGUUUUGA